AUGGAAUCAAAACCAUCUCUCAAUGCAUUGUCGCCUGAACUCAUUGCCACCAUCAGCGAGAACUGCGACAAUGCUACGCUGCGAAACCUGCGUCACGCUGACUCUUUACCCAUAAUCUUUGGGCUUGUCAACCGUCCUCUGUCAGCCGCCAGCCUCGACGCCUUCGGUAAGAGGUUUUCUGCAAAACGCUCGCAUUUGUUCAGCGAUUUCGGGCUGCGAGCGCUGGUGGAUAUUGCAGCCUCACCACAUCUUGCACGACAUAUCAAGCAUGUCGAACUCGUCACACAACAGCUGACUCAGGAAACUGCAACUUCUCCUUCGCCCAGAAACGCUCUCAUCACUCGUAGCCCGUGGAGCAUUACCUUAGAGAAAGGCCGGCGGCUCGAUAGUGCGGCGGUCGAAGCUGCAUGGGGCCCGUGGCUCGAUGAGGAGGGGUUACUCAAUACUGCCGUACCGGUCAGCCUUUUAAGCACAGCUUUCGCUACACUGGCUCCGCAUCGUGAUUCCUUUAGGGUCACUAUGGAUGUCAGAGAGGGUCCGAUCAAUCGCGGCCGGCUUAGACGCGCCUAUGGCCAAGCUACAUUGUGCCAGCAGCUUGGCAAAGAUGCGAGCUGCCUACGGAUGGACGAUAUUGGAACGAACCAUGAGGAUACGGUGACUGCUGUGGCGAAAGCCAUCGAGCAAACAUCCUUUCCCGUCGCGGAUCCGGCAUUUCGGGCAAUUGCAGUACUACCUGAGUUGCAUCAAGCUGGCAUUGGCCAUCAUUCUUCGCCUGCAUGGUCAGCGGUUGACACCCUACAACUCAAUCUUACAAAGGAUGGUGCCUUCGGAAGCGCCUGCGCAAGCACUGCUCCCGAGCAAUGGAUGGCAGCAAUGUCGGGCCUACGGUACCUCAUGCUCCGGUGUUCGUACUCCUUCGGUGGUAUGAAUCCCCAUGACCGCAAGCUGGAGCGACUGGGGAAGGCUCUUCAGCUUACACCGGUCUGUCAGCUUUGGCUCGAUUUCGUGAUGGUGCCAGGAAGCCAGGUCAUCAAGCUACUUGCUCCUAUCACGUCGCAAAUCAUGGAUCUCCGUAUCAGCGAUUCAACGUUGCAAAGCGAUUACGACUGGCAGACAACUAUGAGAUAUAUUGCCAACAACCUGGGCCUGGACCGACUUGAGCUCAAGGAUAUAAGUUCGGUUGACUCGGAGUGGAGUUGGGCUGGCAUGGGCCCAUAUCUGAGGUUUGGUCCGCACUUCGAGUCAGAACACAUCGUCGUGCAUAAGGCGGAAGAGGUCAAGCGCGCACUAUGCGAUUUAGCGACAGUCCACAGCCAACACAAAAGUUUGAAGACGAGUAAGAGGGCAACCGCAUGGAGGCUCGGGCAAUAUCGGAGGAGCAUCAACUGGCCCAUGGAGCGGAGAUCUUCCCGUUGA